AUAUGGCCGGGUCCUCAUGCUCGAGGUUCGGUGCGGGGAGGCUCGCGGGGGGUCUGGAGAGACAUCCAGGCUAUUCGCAAUGAGACUCUGGGUGUUCACAAGAUUUUCGGAAUAAACCUCCCCAGCAGACCGGAUAAGCGGGAUAAUAUUAUCCUGGGUGCGUCGAUUACCGACUUUCAUGUCGACUGGGUCGAUGGGGUUACUCCCGACCAAGUCAACGCCAAAUCCUACCCUUAUGUGACGAUCCAAAUGCCAGAGCUUGAUGCUAUCAGCUGCUGAUAUUACUAGAACUGGAAUUUCGACCACGAGCCGAACGAGUAUGCGGCUCGACGAGCGCAUGUGAAUGUGAUGCAGCGCAUCGUGGAAGAGAGAGUGGCCACUGCGAUUAUACUGGAAGAUGACGCCGACUGGGACGUCAUGUUCAAGGGCCAACUGCAGAGUCUUGCGAUCGCACUCCGGGCCCUCCAAGGAACGAGCGAUACCCCCACCGACUCCCCAUACGGCGAUGAAUGGGACAUCAUCUGGCUCGGUCACUGCGGACUGGUCUGCAACACCGACUUGCCCUUUUUCUUCACCCCGAACGAUCCCACUGUCCUCCCACCGCAUCGUUUCCUACCCUACCUGCGCAACCCCCCUCCCAUCGAGAAACCCGAUCACGCUCGCCUCGUCUGCACCGCCAGCGAUGACGUGUGCACCGGCAUGUACGCCGUCAGCUACCGCGGCGCCCAGCGAAUCCUCGCCGCACUCUCCGUCAGCCCGUCCGACAUUGGGGAUCACUUGGACACCGGAGCUCAGAUCGACGUGGCACUGGGACGCAUGUGCGGCAGUGGCGACCUACGAUGCUUCUCAACAUAUCCCGCUCUAGUAGGAGGCUAUCGACCGGCUGGACUCUCGUCGAAGAGUUCCGAUAUCCACGAUGUUGGGGGGAGAAUGGACCCGCCUUUCAGCUGGGGAACAAUGUACAGCACAAUGAGGAAUAUUAACCGGAUCCUCCGUGGCGACAAGACAGUUCAUGCAUACUGGGAUGAUGUGCCGGUGCCCGAUGCGAUUCCAGCGGAGAUCCCGUGGUUCGGGGAGGGACGAUUCAGAUGCUGGGAGAGAAGGGCAUGUAUGAGAUUUCGUCUGUCCCUCGUGGAAAAGCGUGAGUAUACGACGGUAUUAUAUAAUGUAUUAUAUAUAUAGAUGAUAUAGAAUCUAUGAUAGAAGUUAUCCAUUUUGAAUCAUUGUGGC